AUGUGCAGGGGUCCGCCUGUGGACCAGGGCUCCGCCUGUGGACCAGGGAUGCACCUGUGGACCAGGGAUGCACCUGUGGACCAGGGCCACCUGUGGACCAGGGCUCCGCCUGCGGACCAGGGCUCCGCCUGCGGACCAGGGCCCCGCCUGCGGACCAGGGCUCCGCCUGUGGACCAGGGCUCCGCCUGUGGACCAGGGCCACCUGUGGACCAGGGCCACCUGUGGACCAGGGAUGCACCUGUGGACCAGGGCUCUGCCUGUGGACCAGGGAUGCACCUGUGGACCAGGGAUGCACCUGUGGACCAGGGCUCCGCCUGUGGACCAGGGCUCCGCCUGUGGACCAGGGCCACCUGUGGACCAGGGCCACCGGUGGACCAGGGAUGCACCUGUGGACCAGGGCUCUGCCUGUGGACCAGGGAUGCACCUGUGGACCAGGGAUGCACCUGUGGACCAGGGCUCCGCCUGUGGACCAGGGCUCCGCCUGUGGACCAGGGCUCCGCCUGUGGACCAGGGCCACCUGUGGACCAGGGCCACCUGUGGACCAGGGAUGCACCUGUGGACCAGGGCUCUGCCUGUGGACCAGGGAUGCACCUGUGGACCAGGGCUCCGCCUGUGGACCAGGGCUCCGCCUGUGGACCAGGGCCACCUGUGGACCAGGGCCACCUGUGGACCAGGGCUCUGCCUGUGGACCAGGGAUGCACCUGUGGACCAGGGCUCUGCCUGUGGACCAGGGAUGCACCUGUGGACCAGGGCUCCGCCUGUGGACCAGGGCUCCGCCUGUGGACCAGGGCCACCUGUGGACCAGGGAUGCACCUGUGGACCAGGGCUCUGCCUGUGGACCAGGGCUCCGCCUGUGGACCAGGGCUCCGCCUGUGGACCAGGGCUCCGCCUGUGGACCAGGGCUCUGCCUGUGGGACAUGGACACAGAUGUGUUUCAUUGCUGUUGCCACAACCGGACCUAAAGAAGGUCCACAGGCCACAACCGGACCUAAAGAAGGUCCACAGGCCACAACCGGACCUAAAGAAGGUCCACAGGCCACAACCGGACCUAAAGAAGGUCCACAGGCCAAAACCGGACCUCCAGAGGGUCCACAGGCCAGAACCGGACCUCCAGAGGGUCCACAGGCCAUAACCAGACCUCCACAUGGUCCACAGGCCACAACCGGACCUAAAGAAGGUCCACAGGCCAAAACCGGACCUAAAGAAGGUCCACAGGCCAAAACCGGACCUAAAGAAGGUCCACAGGCCAAAACCGGACCUCCAGAGGGUCCACAGGCCAAAACCGGACCUCCACAUGGUCCACAGGCCACAACCGGACCUAAAGAAGGUCCACAGGCCACAACCGGACCUCCAGAGGGUCCACAGGCCAUAACCAGACCUCCACAUGGUCCACAGGCCACAACCGGACCUAAAGAAGGUCCACAGGCCAAAACCGGACCUCCAGAGGGUCCACAGGCCAUAACCAGACCUCCACAUGGUCCACAGGCCACAACUGGACCUAAAGAAGGUCCACAGGCCAAACCGGACCUCCAGAGGGCCACAACCGGACCUAAAGAAGGUCCACAGGCCAAAACCGGACCUCCAGAGGGUCCACGGGCCAGAACCGGACCUCCAGAGGGUCCACAGGUCAUAACCAGACCUCCACAUGGUCCACGGGCCAAAACCGGACCUAAAGAAGGUCCACAGGCCAAAACCGGACCUCCAGAGGGUUCACGGGCCACAACUGGACCUCCAGAGGGUCCACAGGCCAGAACCGGACCUCCAGAGGGUCCACAGGCCAAAACCGGACCUCCAGAGGGUCCACAGGCCAAAACCAGACCUCCACACAGUCCACGGGCCAAAACCGGAUCUAAAGAAGGUCCACGGGCCGAAACUAGACCUCCAGAGGGUCCACAGGCCAAAACCGGACCUCCAGAGGGUCCACAGGCCAAAACCAGACCUCCACACAGUCCACAGGCCAGAACCAGACCUCCAGAGGGUCCACGGGCCAGAACGAGACCUAAAGAAG